GCGCCGGCGCCCAGUCAGAGCGGGAGGCGGGGGGGGGGCAGGAUCGGGGCCGGGGGGGCCUUUGCGGCUGCCCCGGAGGCUGCUGCGGUGACCGAGCGGAAGCCGGGGCGCCCCGGGAUCUAGGUCACGCCGGCGGGCGAAGGGUUAACGUUCCCCAGGCCCCCCCCUCCAGCACCCCGGCCCUGGACCCGCACCCCCAGCCCCGCCGGCACCCCUCGCGCCCCCCCGGCGCCCCUCGCUCCCGGCCCCGGCCCCCACCGGCCCGGUAGCGGCGCCCACGCGCCCGGUUUCGGGAUGAGUGGCCCCCGUAGGUCCCGGUCCCACAACAAAGGCCUUCGAUCCUCAUCCCGAAAGCGAAACCCCCCCCGCUGCUCCCACCCCCCGGGGCUGGGAUCGGGGCGAGACCCCCCCCCAUCCUGCCCUGUCGUAGCACGGUGACGUGGCCCCGGCCCGGCAGCCGCAGUGUAGCGCAGACGCUGGCACCGCAGGUAGGGCCGGGGGCUGCGGGAAGGGGCAGGACGCGCCGGACUCCCCCCGCCUCUGCCCCUCCGGCCGCCCGGAGCCGCCCCACGCAGGCUGGGAACUGGGGCGGGAGCCCCCCAGGAUCGAGCCCCUCACCGUGGCCUUGGGGCUGCCGCCACACGCAGCCAAGGGAGGCUGCCAGGGGUCCGAAGCUGGAGGUCAAAGCCCGGAGGCCGUGGCGAUGGAUCCCCCCCAGCCAGGAGCCUACAGCCCCUUCUGCCCCCCCUGCGGCCCGGAGCCGGGCUCUGCCCCCUACCCUGCCUGGGACCCUGCGGAUGGCGACCCCGGCCCCCCGACGUGCCUCGACCCCUUCGUCCAGGCCUUCGGCAGGCCCUGGGGCCCGGGCACCCAGGUGUCCGGGGCGCUGAGCUGGCCGCCCCCGCUCGGCUUCACUCCGCUCCUGCCCCAGCUGGACCCGGCGGGGGGGGACGGGGGCGGCUGGGGGGGCCCGGAUCCCUCGGCCCAGUGCCUCUACCCCGAGCUGGUGCCUCCGAGCUACGGACCCCACAGCAGCUACCAGGACCCGGGCCUGGCCGGCUCUGAGGUUUUCUCCCGGCUGCUGGGACCUGCAGACUGGCCCCCGGACAGUGCCUGUGGCUCCCAGGCCACCGAUCACUACUUCAAGGUGCCAGAGUCCUCCUGGGUCCCUUUUGAAUGCUGGCCCGGGUCAGAAGUCGCCCCGGGGGCAGAGGUCCCCAUGCCAGGGUACGAGCAGCCCCCCCCGGGGGCAGCUGGCCAGGUCCCAGGCUCCCAGGGUGCCCCCCACCAGAGCCGGCUGCAGUGCCCAGGGGGGGACCCCUGCUACCGUGCCCCCCCCAUCCUGGACCCCCUGCGCCCUGGUCCAGGCCUCUUCGCCCGCCUCCAGCCUCCCCCAGGCAGCUGCAGUCCCCCCCCACCCAGCCCGGCCCUGCGCCCAGACACCCCGAGGGUGAACGUGGGCCCCAGGUUCCAGGCCGAGCUGCCAGCGCUGCAGGACCCGGCUCUGGCCUGGCGGGACCCCAACAGGGCAGCACUGGCCUGGAGGCCGUGGCCCCGGCUGGAGCAGGACCCAGGCACCCAGAGUCAUGUGGAAGCCCUGCUGGAUGUGGCCUGCUCCAGUGCCGUGCCGGGGGGCGGCACCAACCGGGAGCUGGCACUGCACUGCCUCUGCCGGACCCAUGGGGACGUGAGGGCUGCUCUGGAGAUGCUGCUGUUGCAGAACCCAGCCUGGCCCCCCCAGCACUCCUUGAGCACCUACCACUACACGGGCAGUGACGCAUGGACGCCCCACGAGCGCCGGCAGUUUGCCAAGGCCUUUGCCCAGCAUGGAAAGGACUUCGCCCUCAUCCAGCGUGCGGUACCAUCCAAGCGGCUGCAGCAGUGUGUGGAGUUCUACUACCUGCGCAAGAGCCGGCUGGGGCGCGGCCAGAAGCGCCAAGGACCCUCAGAGGCCCUGGACAUGGCCCCUGGUACCUGCUUCCCCUGCCAACGCUGUGGCAGGUCCUUUGUGAAGAUCAAGAGCCGCAACGCACACAUGAAGAUCCACCGGCCGCACCAGCCCAGCGGGGAAGGCCCCAGGCCUCUCCCCCUGCCCCCCCAGCAAUGCCUCCUGUAGACUGGGCAACUGGGGCAGGCGCUUUAUUGAGCUCAGCAUCAUCAACUUCCAUAGGGGGGCCCCCAAGGAGCAGAAACCGGCCCCCCACCCCCUCCACCGUGCCUGCAGUCCAAGAGGGGCAGUGUCCAUGUGUCUGUUGGUGAAGGGGGAGCACAAUAAAUCCAGCAGCAGCCCCUGGUAA